UCUAAAACAUGAGCGCAUAAACUGUAGUCGUUUGUUUACAAUUGUUGCAAUGGCGACCAUCACGGAGCUGAAGUGUGCCGUACGAGAAACGUUGGAGUCCCGGGGUGUGCUGGGCCAGCUCAAAGCUCGUAUCCGGGCAGAAGUGUUCAGUGCCCUGGAUGACCAGCGUCAACCUCGUCCGCAGCUGUCCCACGAAAACCUGCUCAUCAAUGAGCUCAUCCGGGAGUACCUGGAGUUUAACAAGUACAGAUACACUGCAUCAGUGCUGACAGCAGAGUCAGGCCAGCCUGAAGUCCCCUUGGACAGACAAUUCCUGGCAAGUGAGUUGAAAGUCACUGAGGAUUCAAGCUCCAAGCCAGUACCUCUCCUGUACGGCUUAUUGUCCCACUUUGUGAACAGCAAUGAUAAUAGUGGAAAGGUGUUUUUGCGGGGAACCUCUGUGUCAGCUGCUACUCCGGCGUGCAGCACAGUACCUGGAUCUGAUGUCUGAAAGUUAAUGAACCAAGUUAUGGAUUAAAUAGACCUUUCACCCUGUUAUAGUUGACAUAAACAUUGCUGUGGGUUGUAGUUACAUUUUCCAUAUUUUCUGUCACCCAACUGAAAUCUAUAGAUACCAUAUUAUAAAGAUGCUCCUGGCUUCUACACUGGUUUGGCCCACAGUUAUCAAAACUGUUUAUUCUCUUAAUGAUUUAAGCAGAAGACAAUUCCUUGAUACAUGCCCUGUUUUGUUUUACAUAUGUUAAAUAAUUUUAUAUUGUGUUUUACUUGUAAAAAGGUUUUUUAUUUAUACAAUACAUAGUAUAAAAUCAUUUGUUGAAGUGUUGUUUUAUUGACUACCACUUGAUGGCAGCCUUAGAUCAUCAGCCAAAGACAAGUGACUACAUGUUAAUGGUGUUACCAUUGCUGCCUCCCAGAAAAAAUAUUUUCUAUCAAACAAGUGGAAUUGUAAAUGUUGCAGGGACAUUUGUAGUAUUGAUACUGUUGUUAAAUGGUCUAAAAACUUCAAAUAAACUAUUUUAGGACCAGUUUAAAUGAAUUGUUGUAACUCAAAUUAGAUUUCACACUUUGGGGCAUUUUUUGUCUUAUCUUUUUUGUUUGUUUGUUUUAUCACAGCACAGUUUAUGUAGUGCUAUAUUUAAUGUUCUCUUUCCUGUGAUUUUUUUUUUAAAUGAUCUGCCACUCAUUGCAUUUCCAAGCCAAACCCAACUUGCUUUUACACUAUUUCUUGGUAUAAUACUGAUUGUAGCCUUUUCCCCUUGCCUGUCUUUAAUAAAAUAUAUGU